GUGUGGGGCGGGGAGAGGGGAACAGUUGGUGGAUGGUUCCCCCACCGGAGUUUGGGCCCAAGCCCGUGAUGGGUUGCACUUGAAGAAGACCCAUGUUGGUGUGUCUCCAGAGGAGAAAGGUCUCUCUCUCUUUGCUUUUGUCGUGAUUUUCCAAUCCCAAUCGUCGAGAGUAUCAAAGAUGGCCAAGCAGAUCACCCACGUUAAGGAGUUCCUUACCUUCACCCAGCGCCAGGACGCCGCCCACGUUUUCGUUAAGAAGACCGGCAAGGUCACCAAGUUCAAGCUCCGCUGCAGCAAGCACCUUUACACCAUCGUCAUCCGCGACGCUGCCAUGGCUGACCGCCUCAAGAGCACCAUCCCCGCCAGCCUCCUCAAGAACUAAAUGCUCGUUCAGAGUGAGAGUCGCACGGCAUCCGGACGCCCUUCCCCCUUGUCAUGAUGCUGUUCUGAUGCUCCCCGGCCCUUCUUCAGUUCUUUCUCCAAUAUAAGUCAACUGCGGCAUGCUUUCGCGCUCGCCACAGGCACCCUUCUUCUCCUCCCGAAGAGAGAGCUGUCCGAA